CAUUUUUCACACAAAACAGUGUAAAUCUAAACUGUACAUAGAAUUGUCUACCACAACAAUCAUAUCCAUCAAAAUGAAGGUAACCAUACUCACCAAGAAAUACAUCAAACCUGCCACCCGAACCCCUCCAAACCUCAGGCGCUACAAAUUAUCCGCCUUAGAUGAGCUCAUACCACCCAUGAACAUGAGCGUCAUUCUCUUCUACCCGCCAAACCCCAAACCCGACACGAAACCCGAACCGCAACAAACCCUCCCUCAUAUCCUCACCCGAUUCUACCCUUUCGCCGGACGCUACCUCCAAAACAACCUCUCGAUCGAUUGCAACGACGAGGGCGCCGAGUUCGUCGAGGCCGAGCUCCCCGGCCUCGACCUCGCGACCUUUCUCUCGAAAACCGAGAAAGACGGCCUCGACUGCCUCCUCUCCCGAACGACCUACGAAGCCGACAAUCCCGACGACCCGAUACUCUCCGUUCAAAUCACGAAUUUCCCCGAAUGCGGCGGAAGAGCUGUCGGCAUCAGCCUCUCGCACCGAGUUUCCGACGCGUCCUCGCUCGGGACGUUCGUCUCCGCAUGGGCCCACGCAGAAAAAAAAACCGUCGUCCCGACUUUCGAAGGGACGUCGAUUUUCCCCAGCACGGGCCUCGCACCGCAGCAGCGCGUCCAGGGGCAGACGCAGACUCGCAAGACUGAGGGGGCACAAACGUCCGCCGUUGGGAGUGUCGCGGUCCGCGGGCUCCGGUUCGGGCGGGAGGCCGUGUCCCGGUUGAGAUCCGAGCUCGGGCCGGAAUCCCGGGUGCGCUUGGCGAGCGCGUUCGUGGCCAAGGCAUUGUUGAAAAUCGAGCUCGCGAAAGACGGGAGGGCUUGCUACUUGGGGCAAGGGGUGAACAUGCGGUCGAGGACAGUCCCGCCUCUCGGGAGCCACGCGUGCGGGAAUUUCGUGUACCAGGCGGUGGUGCGGUGCAUGGAGGCAGGCGGCGCUUGGGAGCCGGGGCUUGACGAGUUGGUCCGCGUGGUCGGGGGAUCGAUAGAGAAGGCGGUUGGGGAGUGUGGAAGGGUUAUGUUGUUGGAUGGGGAGAGACGCGUGGAGAUGGUGAGAAGGCCGUUGGAGAAAUUGUUUGAGAUGGGGGCGCGUGGGGAGAAUUUUGUGGCGAUUUGGUUUACGGAUUGGAGCAAGUUUGGGUUUUACGAAGCGGAUUUCGGGUGGGGGAAGCCUGUUUGGGUGCGGGUGGGGAAUGUGCGUACGGAGAAUCUGACGAUACUUAUGGAGGAUAGAGAGGGCGGGGGAAUUGAGGCGUGGGUGCAUCUAAGCCAUGAGGACGUGCCUGCCUUUGAGAGUGAUGAUGAUAUCAAAUUGUUCUUAGUUGCCUAG